AUGACUCUGCCAACCCCCGAUUUCAUUCGCUCUUCUACUGCCUUUGUUGCAGAGCAGGCGCUAUCUGAGAAUCACCCAGCAGAUCACAAGCCGGCCGACAACGCCACGGACCCCGAGCAUUGUCAACCACCAUCAGCCACCACGGAGAUCGAUGGUGGUUAUGGCUGGGUCUGUGUGUCCUAUGGUGUCUUUUUGGCCCAUUAUCCGGCCACGAAUACAUUUCCGGGGGUAUCAGACCUCGGCUUUGCCUUUAUCGGGGACCGUUCCCUUAGUAUGGUCCAAUUCAUCGCACCUGUCGCGACAAUCACCACCCGAUCAUGGGGCACAACGAACUACCUUAAUAUCGGAAUUACAUUGCAGACCGCAGCAUUGUUAGGAGCGUCGUGGGCGAGUCAGAUUUGGCAGUUGUUCCUCAGUCAUGCUCUGUGUUUCGGAUUCGGCAUGGGAAUGCAAUUCAGUGCUAUCGUUAGUAUCAUCCCUCAGUGGUUCACCCGCCGACGUUCCCUUGCAAAUGGUGUUGCGACAGCGGGGUCGAGGAUUGGCUUUCGGUGGUGA